UUUGAAGCAGUCAGCUGAGCCCAACUUGUGCGGACGCGGCUCUAACAUCGUACAACAUGCAGGAUCACAAGCAACACGUUUAACCCUGUGCACUGUUUGUCAUUCCAACGUGUACAGAAAACAAUCCAGUUAAACACCCUCUCUUUUAAUUCCACGUCGCCGUUCUUUCCCCGUGAAGAAUACCGAUUUGAAGACUGUUGCGCAGGGGUUUGGAGGUGCAUGUUACCAGUCACACCAAUUACGGGGACACUGAGUAUGGCCUUAGCUGGAUGCCCAGACUACUUCCUCCAUCAUCCAAACUACCAGGACAAUGUUGACUGCACCCCUUCUCACAGACCAUCAAAUCUAAUCAGUUCAAGCUUCCAGCAGUCGUCCAAUCGGAAUUCUCCAAAUCACCCAGAGGAUGAUGUAGAUCUGGAGGCCCUGGUGAAUGACAUGGCCUCUCUUUCGUCCUAUGAGAGCAUCUAUGCAACCUGUGGGACACAGCAUUCAGACUUCGCCCCACUCUUGCACCGCACUGAUGGCAGUGGGCUCCAUGGCAACAGAGUGGCCCCACUGCCACGGGCCCCUAGUAAUAGAGUGACUGCCCCCCACUCUCCUACCCAAAAGCUCCGGCGAUCACAGCCAAUGCACAUACAGGCCGUCAGGCGACUUCAAGAAGAAGAGUUGCAAGUUCGUCCGGCGUCCUUGCCAGCUAUUCCGAACCCUUUCCCUGAGCUCUGCAGCCCCUCGGGAUCUCCUGUGCUGAGCCCUGGAUCUCUGCCACAGCCAUCGGAGUCACAUAUCAUCAAGGUUUUCAGCGAGGAUGGUGUGGGAAAAGUUGUGGAAGUCCCCGCCGACAUGAUGGCCAGAGAUGUGUGUCAGUUCCUGGUCUACAAGAACCACUGCCUGGAUGACAACUGCUGGUCGCUAGUGGAGCAUCAUUCCCUGCUUGGUCUGGAGAGGUGCCUGGAAGAUCAUGAACUGGUUGUUCCUGUGCAGGCCUGCAUGUCUCCGGAGAGCAAGUUUCUCUUCAGGAAGAACUACGCCAAGUACGAGUUCUUCAGAAACCCACUGAACUUCUUUCCGGAGCAGAUGGUAGCAUGGUGUCAGGAAACGAAUGGCUCUAUCCCACAGUCACAGCUCUUACAGAAUUUCUUGAAUUCCAGCAGCUGUCCAGAGAUCCAGGGCUUCAUUUAUAUGAAAGAGACGGGCCGCAAGUCCUGGAAGAAGCUCUACAUGUUCUUGCGCCGUUCUGGGCUGUACUACACUACUAAAGGAAUGUCUAAGGAGCCAAGGCACCUGCAGUUACUGUCGGACUUAGAGGAGAGCAAUGUUUUCACUGUGACGACAGGCAGAAAGAUGCACAACGCGCCCACAGACUACCAAUUCUGCAUUAAGCCCAGUAAGGGCAGGACAGAACAGAAGGAGUUGAAGAUGCUGUGUGCCGAGGACGAGCAGAGCCGUACGUGCUGGAUGACUGCUUUCAGACUGCUCAAGUUUGGAAUUCUCCUAUAUCAGAACUACAAGAGCCCACACCAGAGAAAGACUGCCAUAUCAAACUUCACCACACCUGUGCGGAGUGUGUCCGAGAAUUCGCUGGUGGCCAUGGAUUUCUCAGGAAGGACGGGUCGUGUGAUUGACAACCCUGUGGAGGCUCAGAGCGCUGCCAUGGAAGAGGGACACACUUGGAGAAAACGGGGUCAGAGAAUGAAUGUUUUGGGAAGCCCCAGUCCUCUACAUCCUUCACCGUUAAGCUCAGUGAUCCACAGGACGCAGUUAUGGUUCCAUGGCCGAAUUAUGAGAGAGGAGUCCCACAGGAUGAUUAUGCAGCAGGGCCAAGUUGAUGGGUUAUUCCUAUUGAGAGACAGCCAGAGCAACCCAAAAGCAUUUGUUCUCACGCUGUGCCAUCAUCAGAAGAUUAAACACUUCCAGAUUUUACCUUUUGAGGAGGAAGGCCAGGUCUUUUUUAGCCUUGAUGACGGCUCUACCAAGUUCACAGACCUGAUCCAUCUGGUAGAGUUCUACCAGCUCAACAGGGGCAUCCUGCCCUGCAAACUCAAACACCCCUGCACCAUGGUGGCCUUAUGACCCCCUCCUGAUCUUUACAAACAACACACACACACACACAAAAGUAACUGAGAAACUGGAUGCUUUUUUCAAUAAUAAUUUCCAGUCAUUUUCACAAUAAGCUGACGCAACCCACAGGCAUGAAAAAGAUCUCUGUUUUUCUCACUGCUCUGGGAUUAGCAUGGAAACGUUUGGGAAUAAUUAUGGGACAAGAUCAACUUCCCGGACACCCUGUCCUUUGGUUUUGACAAGGGUGGCGUUUUUUUAAAAAAAAAUUUUAAACAGUCUCUGUGGUGAUAUUCAUGAACUUUUAACUGAAAUCAAGACUUUUUCAUCAUUCAGGACAUGACACUAGACACCCCCCCCAUGAACUGAUUGGAUCGGGACGGUCGUUUCGUGUGGUGUGUCUGCGGGGACUUGCAUUGCAAAAAGUUACUUGAUGACGAUUGAUAUGUAUUAUGUUAUUUCCUACCUGAACAUUUUGCACUCUCAAGCUGACAACAGGUGAUCCGCUUCAUCCUGAGCUUACCGCAACAACUAUUACCCAUUUGCCUUCCUCCUACAGCUCACCCUUUCAUUUUUUGUCCUCUUCUAAACUCUUCCUGGGGAUUCCCUGUGUAAUGAUGGAUUAGUGCAGCAGAGAUGACAGUAGUGUCAAUUUGAGGUGACAAAUCCUCAGCCAAAUAAUGUAACCCGGUCUUUCAUACAUCGCUAUGUCUAUGUCAGCGAGGAGGGACUAGCCACAAGGGGUAGCAGACUUGCACUUCAAUAAAUUAUACUUGAUUGCUAUGCUUUACCAGCAUAAUAAUUAGUUACGUUUGGAGUUCUAAUCAAGCUUUGCCUUAAAGGAAUGUUCUGGGUUAAAUAUAACUUAAGCUCCAUCAACAUUCUCCAUCGCAUGCUGUUGAUUACAACAGAAAAU